AUGGCACGAUUUUUAGGUAUCAGUGGGAAAAUAAAUCGGGUAUUUUUUUCUACUUCGUCAAUCGUUCAAACUAUAACAAAACCUUCAAUUUUACUUGUUAAUCAUGGUUAUCCACCAUUAUUCAAUGCAGGUUCAGAGGUUUACACACAAACAUUAGCUGUUCGAUUAAAUCGAUCAAGAAAAACAUCAGCAGUCUCGAUUAUUGCACGUGAACAAGAUCCAUUUCGUGCUGAUUUUCUUAUUCGACAGGCACAAGAUGAACAUGAUUCAACUAUACCUAUCUUUUUAAUUAAUCAUGCACGAGAAGCACCAUAUCAACGAUUUGUCAACACUGAUAUUGAUCGUUGUUUUAAAAAUCUAUGUCAAAAUCUCGAUCCAAAACCAAAUAUUGUUCAUUUUGGACAUUUAAAUCAUUUAUCAUUAACAUUACCACAAAGUGCAAAAGAUAUUUUAGAUGCAAAAAUUAUUUAUACACUACAUGAUUAUUGGCUUAUGUGUCCACGAGGACAAUUUUUAAUUAAUGGUGUUGCUUCAACAUUUACUAAUCAAGAGCCUUAUCAAUUAUGUACAGGACAAGACGAUAAGAUAUGUGCUUCGAAAUGUUUUACAUCUCGUUUUGCUACAGGAACCACAACAAAUAAAGAUCGUGAAAUGGACUAUUGGACAUGGUGGAUCAAUGAACGAAUGCGUACAGUACGACAAGCAUGUGAUACAAUUGAUAUGUUCAUUGCACCAUCACUUCAUCUACAGAAACGAUUUAUCGAUGAAUUUGGUCUUCCACCUGAAAAAGUAAAAUAUUUACCAUAUGGUUUUGAUCGAUCGAUAUUAACACAUCGUCAACGUAUUCGUUCAUUGAAUGAUCCUCUUACAUUUGGAUACAUUGGUCGACAUUCACCAUCGAAAGGUAUCAAUUUAUUAUUAGAAGCUGCACAACAAAUCGUUCAAACUCAUCCAGAAUUAGCUAAUCAAUUUCGUAUUGUUAUUUAUGGUCGACCAGAUUCUACAACAACAAGCAAUCUUCAAACAAUGGCUAAAACAUCUGGAAUUACUGUUGAAUGGCGUUCUGAAUAUAAAAAUUCUGAAAUUAUUGCACGUGUAUUUAAUCAUGUAGAUUAUAUUGUAGUUCCAUCAAUUUGGAAUGAAAAUUCUCCAUUAGUUAUUCAUGAAGCACAACAAUGUCGUGUACCUGUUAUUACUGCUAAUCAAGGUGGAAUGAGUGAAUUAGUUAAAGAUGGAGUUAAUGGAUUGUUAUUUACCCAUCGUAAUGUAUCAUCACUUGCACAAGUUAUACUUCGAGCUAUUCAACAACCAGAUUUACUUGAUAAAUUAAAUCAACAUGGUUAUCUUUAUUCGAAUGAUGAACAAGUACCAUCAAUUGAAUCACAUGUUGAUCAAUUAAUUGAUUUAUAUUCAACAUUAACAAAAGGUGAUGUCGAAGAACGUAUAAAUCUUCAACCAAAACCCAUUGAAUCAUUAUCAGCUCCACGUCGAAUAACAUUUGAUACAAAUCCAGAUGAUUGUAAUUUUAGUUGCAUUAUGUGUGAACAACAUUCAGAACAUUCACCACAUCAAAAAGCACGUAAAGAAGCAAAAAUUCGACGUCGCAGAAUGGAUUUUGAUAUAAUAAAACAAGUUGUUGCCGAAACAGUUUCACUUGGAUUAGAAGAAAUUAUUCCAUCAACAAUGGGUGAACCACUUAUGUAUCGAGAUGCAAAAGGUCGUACAUUCGAAGAUAUCAUCAAACUAUGUCGAGAUUAUAAUAUUAAAUUAAAUCUAACAACCAAUGGAUCAUUUUUUUCACCACAAGGACAUUCCGUUGCAGAAUGGGCUCAUCUUCUCAUGCCAGUUUUAAGUGAUAUUAAAUUUUCUUGGAAUGGAAGUACAAAAACGACUCAAGAAUCUAUUAUGAAAAAUUCUAAACUCGAUAAACAGUUAAAAAAUCUAAUUGAAUUCAUUCGUAUACGUGAUGAAUUCGUAAACAAAGGUCAUAAUCGAGCAACAGUGACAUUACAACUUACAUUCAUGGAAAUUAAUUUACCUGAAAUUCCUCAAAUUGUCAAAUUAGGAAUAUCAUUAGGUGUUGAUCGUAUUAAAGGUCAUCACUUAUGGGCUCAUUUUAAACAAAUAAAAGAUCAAAAUCUACGUCGAUCACCAGAAUCUAUUCAUCGAUGGAAUCAAUGUGUUAUUGAAUGUCAAAAUAUUGCUCGCCAACAUUUAUUACCAACAGGAAAACAAAUCAAACUUGAAAACUUCUUUGAAUUAAAUGAACAUAGUGGUUCAUUUACUAUUCAUCCACAAAGUGUAUGUCCAUUUUUAGGUAAAGAAGCAUGGAUCAAUUAUAGUGGACGUUUCGAUCCUUGCUGUUCACCAGAUCAAGAACGAUUAUCAUUAGGUACAUUUGGUAAUAUUCAAAAUUCAAAUGAAAGUCUAAUGAAAAUUUGGACAAGUGAUACAUAUAAAAAUUUAAUUAAGAAUUAUACAAAAUAUUCACUCUGUCAAAAUUGUAAUAUGAGAAAACCACCUAAUUAA